AUGCUUGAAAGAACAAGCAUGGGUUCAGGUGCGAGAGCAGGUCAAGGGGAAGCCAGCAGGGAAGCAGAGGGGGUAGUAGUAGGAGGGGGAGGGUUACGAGCAGCUAGGGGUGCAGUGCAAGGGGGGGUUGGAACAGGAAUGGCAAUGGAGAUGCACGCUCAACUCACUCACGCCCCCUCCUCUCAACACCCGCCCCUCACCACCGCUCUCCACCUGCGCCCAAACCUUCAGUUCAACUUUUCCCUCUUCGCAGACUCGUCCCUGCGACGCGUGGGCGUCCCCUCACAGCCCAGCAGGGAGGAGGAGAGGGAGCGGCGGCUGAGGCAGCACGUGUUGGCGCUAGCAGAGGCGCACGCAGUGGGGGACUGGGCGCUGGUGCGGCGGUGGGGGAAGAAGGUGCUGGGAGAGGCGAGUGCAGGGGGGGAUGCGGGGCAGCGAGUCGCGUGGUACAUGCUGCAGGCUCUAGAGGCGAGGGCGGACGGCACUGCUGCUGUCAAAUGGCUAGAGCCUAUUGAAUACCAAGUCAAGAGUGCAGCAGACGUGAUGGCAGCAGUGGGUCACUCCCAUGAGACCAACAUCGUGUGGAUCAACUUCGCCUUUGCUGCCUUCGUCCACGAAGUGCCGCGCGCUCUGGUUACCACCACUGCCACACACACACCACCACCACGAGAAACCCCAGCAGCUGCAAGACCUGCAGCAGCAGCAGCAGCAGCAGCAGCAGUAGCAAACUCACCGACAUUGCCAGUCCGACCAGCUUCAAAAGCAGCAACAACAGCAGCUGCAAUGGCUGCGACAGCUGCAUACCUCUCUUCUUUCCCCUUGCCUUCGUCCUCUUCCCCCGCGCCCGCCCCCCCGUCUGCUGCCCCUCCCCCACGCUGUAUUCACCUGGUAAUGUUUGGCAUCAUCGGCGCGCCUCAGUGGGCCUCUCUCCUCUGCCGCAUCGCCACUGCCUGUGGCUUUCCUGCUGCUGCCGCUGCUGCUGCCGCUGCUGGUGCUGGUGCUGCUUCUGCUUCUGCUCCUGCUUCUCCUGCUGCUGCUGCUACUGCUGCUCCCGUUGCGUCUGCUCAUGCUCCUCCUUCCUCUGCCCCUGCUGCUGCCACUGCCACAAUAGCGCAUCAUCACCAGCAGCAGCAGCAGCAGCAGCAGCAGCAGCAGCAGCAGCAGCAGCAGCACCGCCACCCUCCCCCGCCUCUCUCCAUCCGCGUUACGGGCAUCAACGGCAGAACGGUCCAGCUUGACUCCUCACUCAACGCCUCCACCUUUGGCCACCAGUUCUUCGGGCAGCUCGCAAAGGUUUUGGGGCUGCCCGUGACAUUUGAGAUGCUGAAUAUCCCUCUCGAGUCGCUGCAUCCGGGCAUGGUGAAGGUUCAGCCGGGGGAGGAGGUGGUGGUGGUCUCCCUCUGGACGCUCAUGCUCUUUCCAGAUGACUCUGUGCUCCGGCACAACCCACGAGAUGCCGUGCUCAAGUGGAUCCAGGCACUCAAGCCACGCCUGGUGCUCCUAGCAGAGGUAGACGCGGCCCUCAACGGCCCCUUCUUCCUCGCCCGCGUGCGAGAGACCUUCCACGCCAUGCUAGCUUUCAUCUCAGCCGUCCAUGCCACCAUGCCCGAUUCCGCGAUCUCGCCCGUCCGUUUCAUCUGGGAGACGCUGCUGUUCCGCGAGCUCAUCAACUGCGUCGGAUGCGAGGGGAUCCAACGGCUGAUACGCGGCGAGAGGCUGGAGCAGUGGCAGGAGCGGAUGGGGAGGUUAGGGUUUGAGGAGGUGGGGCUGGGGAGAGAGACGGUUGCUGCUAUGAGGGAGACGACGGAGGGGAGGGAUGGGAGAUUUGAAGUGGUGUCGGUGGGGGGUGCUGCGAGGCUCAUGUGGAAAGGGCAGCCGGUGCUGGCUGUGUCCGCUUGGAGGUGA